CUUUUCUCGUCGUGAACCAGCACGUUUUUCGAACCACUUUCAACGUCGAGCGAACAGACAACUCGGACCCCUUGCUACGGAGAUCUCACGAGCGUAUCUUAUCUCCAAAACGCGGGGUUUGGGACGGAGGACGCACCCCCCACACACGUCCAACCACCUCCCUCGACGACCACGACGACAACGACGUCUGACGAUUACGAACGACCUUUCUCUAAAUCUCUGGCUACUCUUUUCGAAAUUCAACGGCGUCAAAAAUAAAUAUAAACCUCAAAAUGGAUGGACAGCAGCGCGACGACCGCGCAGGACACAACUUCCAGAACAACAGAAUGUCGGCGAACGGACCACAACCCGCCGCGGGCCCUCGCAGACGGAAUGACGAUUCGUGGGUAGAGGUCUCGUCGCAACCUUCUUCGUCGUCUCUUUCUUCCAUCGGCGACGAGAUCGUUACCACCGGUCUCCGAGUCGGUGGGUCUAUGGCCGCCCGCCGACGUCGCUUACAUCACCAAAAUCAACCUGUGCCACGAUCUUUCCACGUCGACCAGACGGCUAUCCACGCGGGUACAAGUAGCCAGGAGGAGUACGAGGAGAGUGAAAGCGAGGAGGACCGAUGCCUGACGAGCUCGACCGAGAACGUUCGGCCUCCGGUGCGGGCGUCGUUCCAACAACAGCCAUCGGCGCAGGAGGACUCGGAGGACUCUGACGACAGCGACGAGAUUGCUACCGCACUGGGCCGCGUUUCCGAUGAUCCUGUCUUCAGACCUCAGCCAAACGCAUUUUCUCAUCCGCCCUCGGGCUUGGAUAGGAGGCACUCGGCCAGCUCGGCGAUCCACCAGCAUCCGCACAGCGGUGUAAGGCCCGCAUUAUCCCAACGAUCUCAAACUAGAGUCAGCCGGGGCCCGCCAAACUUCAUGUCCCCCGCAUAUCAAGCCGAUAAUGACGCGGCUCUCCGUGCUUCUCUCACGACUCUUUUGUCGUGCGCCGCUGCCGCCCGUGGUCUGCCCAAGUAUAAGGAUACUACUGAGCGACAAGGCGCUCCACCCGCGCAUGCUGGGGUCGGACCUAGCUCUCAACCUGUUGAGUUACGGCUGAUGCCCGAAUCUGAGCUCAUGGCUGAAAGACCUACCCAGCCUCAGACCGCCUCACCUUCCAAGUCUCCGGCUGCCCGUCCGUCACGGACGGCGGUGUCUUCUGCCCCUUCAUCACCCAAGAGCGACGGUGUCGAUAAGCACAAGCGAACCUCUUCCUCGCAGAUACGCUCAUCGCGUGCGACUAAGAAGAAGAAGGUCGUGGCCAACGAGGAUGCCCUCAUUAGCCCGACGUUGCUGACAUGGGUUGUCAGUGCUGGCGUGGUGGUGUUGGUGUCUGUGGUAGGAUUUGGCGCGGGCUACGUGAUCGGUCGUGAAGUAGGACGGCAGGAAGCUCUGUCAGCAGGAGUAGGCGUCAACGCCUCGGCAGUCGCAGAUUCAUCUUCGUGCGGACGGGAGGUGAUUAGAUCGUCCGGCGGCGGUCUUCGUCGCCUGAGGUGGGGUGCAGGGGUUGGUCGAAGCGUCGUCGCCUGAGAUUUUUGAAUCAGCGUCGAUCGUCGAACAUGUCGUCUGAAUCAUGAAGCGUCGGAUGCUAUUUACGUACGGGCGGAUCCGGGGUACUGGACCUUUUGGGGCUUCCAAGCCUUUUUCUUCAUACACCUCUUGUCGGCUUUCUUCUCUUUUCGUCACGAACGGGUAUGAGCGCGGACAUUGACGAAUAUAGA